GGAGCUCAUGACAAGCAGAACACACUUCUAACCAGCUGGCAUCAUGUCUGCGUGUCACACGACGCUGUGGUGCGUCCGGCCUACUUUAAUCCUAUUGUGGAUCUGGAUGUGGGAAGCCGGCUGUGACAUUCAAUAUCAGGCCGAGGAGGUGGAGAUUUUCCAUUCUGAUAAACAAACAAGGCUGGAAUGGAAAUCUGAGCCGGCGAGUGAAUGGAGUGAAGUUCUGCUCACAGUGGGCACACCGCGUUCCGUACCCGUGCUCCAAGCUUGUGGAAGAAGAAGAACAAGAACUAUUUUAAGCCACUGGAUGGAGCGGAAAGAUGCCCACCAUCUACUGAUGGAUGUUUCAUUUGCCCAAGAAGAGGAGUCGUCCGGUCAGCUCGGCCCUCUACAAGUUCACCUGUUGGACUCAAACACACCAAUCGCAACAUUUCAAAAUACUAUGACAGUCCUGGACCUUCAGACCUCCAAGCCGUUCCCUUCCACAUUCCCUCCUAUAGCCAACUACCUGAACCGUAGCCGGGCUCUGAGUCUGGGCUCCGUCAGCAGCAGGGGCUUCCAGCUGGCCCUCUCCUACUCAGGAACAUGUGUGCUGGUAACAUCCAUCAGACUGUACUACAGGAGGUGCCCUGACACCGUGGCCCACCUGGCUGCGUUUAAGGGGACCGGGGCCGCGUCAGGUCCAUUGAUGGGUUCCUGCGUCAAGGGAGCUGUGGCGGUUUUCCCACCUGUUAGAGAGUGUGAUGUGGAGGGACUUUGGGGUCCACUGCAUGGGGUGUGUGCCUGUGAAGCCGGCCAUCAAGUCAAGGAUGACACCUGUCAAGCAUGUUGGACGGGCUUCUACAAACCAGCCAAUGAGAGUGGAGAAUGCCGGGCGUGCCCGCUGAAUAGCAGGACGCGUGGUGAGGGAUCAGAGAGUUGCGACUGUAUGCAGGGUUUCAGCCGCCUGCCAACUGACCCUGAUGAGUUCGGCUGCACCAAGCCGCCCUCCGCCCCUGUGAAUUUAACGGCCUAUCAUCAUAAUGACUCAGUGCUGAUGGUGACCUGGGAUCCUCCGCAUGACCGGGGCGGCAGACAGGAAGUGACGUAUUGCAUCAAGUGUGAGAGGGAAGCGGAUUCUGGCCGUCGGUGGGAGGCAUGUGGGGACGAGGUGGUUUUCCUGCCAGACUCGGCAGGGCUGACAAACACGUCGGUCAGCAUCACAGAACUGAAACCACAGCACGACUACAGACUCUCGGUGCAAGCCCGGAACGAUAUAUCCACCCUGAGGGGGGCGCAGCCUUCAUCCACUACCACUGUCACCGUACAUAGAUGGAAAGUUCCACCUGUGGUGAUCGCUGUGACCCCGACCUUAAAUGUCUCAGAGCAGCAAAUAAUGCCGGCUCCUCCUCAGAGUCGCCUCUCCAUAUGGCUGACAAUCGGUGUUUUAUUUGGCGUCCUGCUGCUCAUAGCUUUAAUCCCCAUCGUUGUGUGUGUCCUACGCAACAACUACACUAAACUCAGGUCUGAACAGGAAGUAGAGCUUUUGCCAAUGAAUGCUGAAUUUCCCUACCGACAUCCACAGGAGGUGGAGGCUACACCCCAGAUAUCCAACACGGCGGAGGGUGUGGUCCAGCUGUUGGAGGGGCUCAGCGGCAGGCUGCUGGACAGUCUUAAGGAGGUCCUGGUGGAGAGAAACAAGCUCACCCUGGGCAAGGAGCUUGGCAAAGGAGAGUUUGGCUCAGUCUACGAAGGCGUCUUUACACAAGACGAAGGUGUGGACAUCAAGGUGGCCGUAAAGACCAUGAGAGGUGUGUGUACUGAAAUUGAACACGCUAUCAAGACUACUGUUACUUCUUAUUUGUGUAUGUUUUCUCUGUCCCACAUAGUUGGAAUCCACAGCCAGGAAGACUUACAUGAGUUUUUGAGAGAGGCAGAGAUCAUGAAGAACUUUAAUCAUGAAAAUGUGGUCAGACUACUCGGGGUUUCUUUACAGAGAGAUCAGGACUCUCCUCUGCCGAUCCCUCUGGUCAUCCUGCCUUACAUGAAACAUGGAGACCUGCGCCACUUCCUAAUUGCUACACGAUAUGGCGAUAUUCCUAUGUCUGUGCCCCAUCAGAGUCUCUUGCGGUUCAUGAUCGACAUUGCAGAAGGCAUGGACUAUCUGAGCACACAGGGCUUCCUGCACAGAGACCUGGCUGCACGCAACUGCAUGCUGAGCGAUGACCUCAGGGUGUGUGUGGCCGACUUCGGCCUGUCCAAGAAAAUCAAUAGCAGCAAUUACUAUCGUCAAAAAGUAGUUACCCGUGUGCCAAUCAAGUGGAUGGCCAUUGAGAGCCUGUCCGAGUCCGUCUACACCACCAAAGGUGACGUGUGGUCUUUUGGAGUGACCAUGUGGGAGAUUGUGUCCCGGGGGAGGACUCCAUAUCCUGGAGUUCACAACCACGAGCUGCUGGAGCUGCUGCUGUCCGGACACAGGCUCAAACCCCCCGAGGACUGUGACCCCGGGCUUUAUGAAGUCAUGCAGAGCUGCUGGGACCAGGAGCCGAGCUGCAGGCCCAGCUUCGGGGAACUGGGCGAGAUGCUGACAGGUCUUCUGUCGCAGCUGCCAGAGCUGGAGGCCAGCCAGGAGGCCAACUACAUCAACCAUGGCCUGGAGGUCGCUGCUGCUGUUGCUGCCUCUCAGAAUCUGCAAACAGAUUCUGGAGGAAGAUGGGAAAAUGUCUACCUGCCUAGUCCUGUGGGUGCUGCUGCAGCAGCCAGAGAUGAGAAUGUGGAAGUAGAGGAUGGCUACCUUAAGUAUAUUGCUGCUGCCUCAGCAGAUAAAGGGGCCGACGGUUACUAAAAACAACAGGGUUUUUAUGAAAUUAAAUUGUGGACCUCUCGUGAUCUGUGUGACAGAGGCAGAGUGUGGUACUAAAUAUGGAAGUUGAUAUAGAGUUAGUGAGAGGAACACAAAGUUAUUUUGCACUUUUUUGUAUACCUGUUACUAGAAAGUAUUUGUUACUAGAAAAAAUAUAUA